CAAAAGAGUCGAAGGGUGGACGAGAUUGAUCCUUUAUUCCCAUCACGUCAUUCAGAAGUUACCGGUACGCCGUCGAGAAAGGUCAAGGUCUAGCUGCGCUGAUACAGAAGUGCAGAGAGAAGAGAGCGGAGAUUAGUUCCUCAGUCGACAUGAAAUCGUUUCCAAGCUGUUCCAACUACUGUUACCAAGAAUCUUGAAGUUCGGGUUUUGUGGAAAGAUCUGAAUAUUUUUGAAAUUUGAUAAUUGUUCAAUCUCUCUUCAAAUCAUGUGGGUUGAGAUAUCAAGUUCUGUAUCACUUCAUUUCCGUUACAGCAACCACACUUCAUGUGGGUUUGCUGUAUCUGAUAUAGUGCAGCUGGAUACUUGAUAACCUUAAAGUUUUCAAGAGACUAAUUUUUAUCUUCUUCAAUUGUUCUGUCUUGCCAUUAAUUUUAUUUUUGAUGUGCAUUUACUGUACAUGGAAAUUUCAUGUGGAAAAUCAUGUACUGUUCCUCCAUAACAGCUUCCAAGUGGAACUAAUAUAAACUGUGCUUGCUAUCACAAAACUGUUGUGCACUGAGAGUUUGCAUCAAUCAAGAUGACAGUAACAUAUUCGUUGAAUGUGUCAAAAGCCCGUCUCUGCGGCUUUGCGAAACUACUACUGCGAUGGAGAGGAAGCAUUUAUAAAUUAUUAUAUAGGGAAAUGAUUAUUUUUUGUGGUCUCUACUACAGUUUGAGUGGAAUGUAUCGUUACAUUUUGUCACCAAAUCAAAGAAUGGUUUUUGAAAAAUUAACAAGAUAUUGUGAAACAUUUACCAACCUCAUCCCUCUAUCUUUUGUUCUGGGUUUUUAUAUUACAAUCGUAGUGGGACGUUGGUGGCAACAGUACCUGGCGAUUCCGUGGCCAGAUAAAACAAGUAUGCUAGUGUCGGCUUAUGUCCAUGGUUCAGAUGAACGUGGAAGAAUCAUCCGUCGAACUCUUGCUCGUUAUCUUAGUCUCUUAUCUGUGCUUACUUUUCAAGCAGUCAGCACUUCAGUAAAAAAGAGAUUCCCAACUCUUGAUCAUGUGGAAGAGUCUGGUUUGAUGACAAAAGAAGAAAGGUGUGUUUAUGAUGAAAUCCCAGUCAGUCAUGGGAAAUGGUGGGUUCCUGCACAGUGGUUCACAUCUCUAGCAGUUCGUGCAAGAAAAGAAGGACGUAUUAAAGAUGAUGUUCUUCUUAAUGCUAUAUUAAAUGAAAUGCACACUUUCCGUGGUAAUUGUGGUAUGCUUUUUAGUUAUGAUUGGAUUAGUAUUCCACUAGUAUACACUCAGGUAGUUACACUGGCUAUUUAUACUUAUUUUCUGGCCACAGUGAUGGGACGUCAGUAUCUGGACCCAGAAAAAGGAUAUCCAGGUCAUGAAGUUGAUCUUUACAUCCCAAUAUUUACUAUUCUUCAGUUUUUCUUUUAUAUGGGAUGGCUUAAGGUGGCGGAACAGCUUAUUAAUCCAUUUGGUGAAGAUGAUGAUGAUUUUGAAUUAAAUUGGUGUUUAGACCGUAAUCUUCAAGUUUCGUUCAUGAUCGUUGAUGAAAUGCAUCGUAAGCAUCCUAAAUUAAUAAAAGAUACGUAUUGGGAUGAACUGGAACCACAACUUCCAUAUACCAAAUCAUCUGUUAAUUUGCGUUCGCAGCCGCAUUUGGGGUCUGCUAUUAAUUUAGAUAUUAAUCUGGAAGAAGCUGAAUUCGUUCCAAUGGAAACGAUAAUGGAGGACGAUCACGAAGAUAAUACUUUCACGUAUAACAGUCCACCGACAAGUCCGACUAAAGAAUUACUAACACCAGCUUUUCCAUCGUGCGUGGAGUUUAACCCUCGGAAUACGACUGGCGAAGGGGAUACCACUUCUCAGACCGGUUUAAGGCUUCUAACAGACUUUCCGGGUUCAAAAAUAAUUAACAUGUUGAUAGGUUCGAGCUCCGAAAACGUGAAUUCAGUUUCCAAAAAGGAUAAUCUUCUUCCCACUUUUACAUUGAAGACUCCGAGUCACAGAUCCCGCACCAGUUCCGUAAACGAGCAUCGCGAAGACCAUUCAGCUGAGGAGAAAGAGACCAUCAACGAAGUCCAGUUUCAUCUUCCGUCUACGCUGACUCCAUCUAGAAGAGAACAAGGAACCGUGGAAGAACAACAAUCGUUGAUUAUAGAUAUACCCGUCGACUCUAGUAACGCGGUUCCUAGUAGCUACGGUGAUGCAGCUCCAGUGCCGACAGCGUUAAUGGAUGGCCUCCAUUCAAAGAAGAGUGGCGUAGGCACGUCCUCCAACAUUCAUAGUCCCUGUGAGACCGCCAAAGAAUCUGUGGUGCAGAUCGACUCUGAACCAGGGUCUCCAGUGGUCCAAUCGAAUUACGAGCCGAACUCGUCCCAAGAAAGUCUGACCCAGUUUGUCGAUAGCAAUCAGAGCACAGUAAGCAGUUAUGCCGAACUACUGCAACACAGUAAAUAAAUUCCUGCAAUGUACUUUCUUUCUUUCUUCUGUAGAUUUAUUUUGAUGUUAUAUUUUUUUAUUUAUUCGGUUCUUAUUGAACCACGUGUACUGUGAAAACUUUAUUUUGGAUAUUUUUCAUUAGUUUACUCGAAUCUGAAUGUAUUGAAAUUAUUUUUUCUUUAACCGUAACUGUGAUAACAAAAGUUUCUACAUUUGGAAGCUGAUGGAGGAACAGUACUUUUCUCCUUUAUGUAGUAUUAUUUUAAAACUUUCUAGAACGAAUUUCGUCUUGUAAAUGUCGAAUGCAAGCUUUGCUAUAUGUAUAUAAGUAAAACAAAGUAUUUCUUUUGGGAAUACCAGGAUGUGCUUUAGUUACUUUACCACGACACAAGUUAUUUUGACUGAAUGAUCUAUUCGUGUCUUUACAACACGAGAACGGGAGAACUCGAUCUGUGAUAAAGUAUAGUUUUGCAUUUAUUUUGUUAAGAAUAGGUUUCAAUGUCCAUGGUUUUGGAUCUAAACAAGAUUGAGCAAAUGCCGUAACUUAAUCGUGUAUGUAAACGUUUUUCUUUAAUGAAUGGAUUAGAUUAACGGGUUCUUGUAACGAUCGAGUUAAAUGGUUGUUACCUGUAUCAGGUAGUGACAUUUUACGAAAGAUGUCGUCAUUUUUUAUUAAAUGUAACGAGUUCUGUCAUUUUCCGGUAAUAUAAUAAUAAUAAUCUAAAUGUUCUAUGUAACUUCAAUGUUCAUUGUAAUUCAAUAUUCUAUGACAUGUCGAUCGAUGUAACUUGUAAAAACAGUUGUAAUCCCCACUAUGACAAUGAAGUGGUGCUAAGUUUUGAA